UAUUUGGCACACUAUAAGCUUUCGCUAGAUAUUAGACAUUAAUCUUAGUAGUAUAAUGGUUAAUUAUUACUUUCCCAACAAGAACAAAUUUGAUUCAGGAAGAACUAACUGGUUGGCAGAGGCUUUGAAAAAUAUUCGUGAUCUGAAGCUCAUGUACCAGCUGCUAAUUUGCUUGUUUAUUUCAUUUGAUUUCCCUGAGCUGCACAUAAGGGGAGUGGGUGGCAGAGCUUAAUUUAUUUGUCCCUUUUUUGAGAAUGUGGGUUUUUGGCUCUCACACUAUUUUGAGGCAUGCCCUGGUGGUGGCACUGGCGAUGUGCACACUUUGGGAAGGUGGGAGGACUGUGUACCUCUCCUAGUGGCUCCGGAAGCGUUCUUUCCCCAAGUGAUCAUCCUAGGUGCUACAUGGUUGGUGCUACCAGCCAUAGGCCUCUCCUCCUACAGAGCUGGAAACAACAUGAAAAGAGCCAUGACUCAUGGGCUACAACUUUCUCAGCUGCUUGAUACCAGCACUGAUAGGCUCAGCUCCCAUGUUUGCAUCACCCUUCGGGAUGCCUGAAGGGGAAAGGGCUCUCUAGCUUUCAAAUAAAGUGCUUUCUGAGGAUCACUGACAUACUGGGAGAUACUGUGGAGAGGGUGGGACGCAGAUGCUGUUCCUUUGCUGGAGUCCACGGAAGGAUGAACUGAGGUGGUAGGAGGGUAUCUACAGAUACUUAGAGGCCCAUAACCAAGGCGUAGACUAAGAAGUGGAGUCAUGCUUCACACGGCCAUACCAUGCUGGCAGCCAUUCCUGGGUCUGGCUAUGGUGUUACUCUUCAUGGGAUCCACCAUCGGCUGUCCUGCUCGCUGUGAGUGCUCUGCCCAGAACAAAUCUGUUAGCUGCCACCGAAGACGUUUGAUUGCCAUCCCAGAAGGCAUUCCCAUUGAGACCAAAAUCUUGGACCUCAGUAAAAAUAGGUUAAAAAGCAUAAACCCUGAAGAAUUCAUUUCAUAUCCUCUCUUGGAGGAGAUAGACUUGAGUGACAACAUCAUCACCAAUGUGGAGCCUGGAGCAUUUAACAACCUCUUUAACUUGCGUUCCCUCCGACUGAAAGGCAAUCGUCUUAAGUUGGUACCAUUGGGAGUAUUCACAGGACUGUCCAACCUCACCAAGCUUGACAUUAGUGAAAAUAAGAUUGUCAUUUUGCUGGACUACAUGUUCCAGGAUUUACAUAACCUGAAGUCUCUAGAAGUGGGGGACAAUGAUUUGGUUUAUAUAUCACACAGGGCCUUCAGCGGACUACUUAGCUUGGAGCAGCUCACUCUGGAGAAGUGCAACUUAACAGCAGUACCAACAGAAGCCCUUUCCCACCUCCGCAGCCUCAUCACCCUGCAUCUGAAGCAUCUUAAUAUCAACAAUAUGCCUGUGUAUGCCUUUAAAAGAUUGUUCCACCUGAAACACCUAGAGAUUGACUAUUGGCCUUUGCUGGACAUGAUGCCAGCCAAUAGCCUCUAUGGUCUCAACCUCACAUCCCUUUCCAUCACUAACACCAACCUGUCCACUGUCCCCUUCCUUGCCUUUAAACACCUGGUGUACCUGACCCACCUUAACCUCUCCUACAAUCCCAUCAGCACUAUCGAAGCAGGCAUGUUUUCUGACCUGAUUCGCCUACAAGAGCUUCAUAUAGUGGGCGCCCAACUCCGCACUAUUGAGCCUCACUCCUUCCAAGGGCUCCGCUUCCUCCGUGUACUCAAUGUGUCUCAGAACCUGCUGGAAACAUUGGAAGAGAAUGUCUUCUCCUCCCCUAGGGCUUUGGAGGUCCUGAGCAUUAACAACAACCCACUAGCCUGUGACUGCCGACUUCUCUGGCUCCUACAGAGACAACCCACCCUACAAUUUGGGGGCCAACAACCCAUGUGUGCCGGGCCAGACACCAUACGUGAGAGGUCAUUUAAGGAUUUCCAUAGCACUGCUCUUUCUUUUUAUUUUACCUGCAAAAAGCCCAAAAUUCGUGAAAAAAAGCUACAGCAUCUACUAGUGGAUGAAGGACAGACGGUCCAGCUGGAGUGCAAUGCUGAUGGAGAUCCACAGCCAGUGAUUUCCUGGGUGACACCCCGAAGGCGUUUUAUCACUGCCAAGUCCAAUGGAAGGGCCACUGUGUUGGGUGAUGGUACCUUGGAAAUCCGUUUUGCGCAGGAUCAAGACAGUGGGUUGUAUGUUUGCAUUGCUAGCAAUGCUGCUGGGAAUGACACCUUCACAGCUUCUCUCACUGUAAAGGGAUUCACCUCAGACCGCUUCCUUUACGCAAACAGGACCCCAAUGUACAUGACCGACUCCAAUGACACCAUUUCCAACGGCACUAAUGCCAAUACCUUUUCCCUGGACCUUAAAACAAUACUGGUAUCUACAGCCAUGGGCUGUUUCACCUUCCUGGGAGUGGUUUUGUUUUGUUUUCUCCUGCUUUUUGUGUGGAGCCGAGGAAAAGGCAAGCACAAAAACAGCAUUGACCUUGAGUAUGUGCCCCGAAAAAACAAUGGUGCUGUUGUGGAAGGGGAGGUGGCUGGACCCAGGAGGUUCAACAUGAAAAUGAUAUAAGGGCCCACCGCA